AGCAAUACCUUCUUCCGUUCUUCGUCUCCACAAAACUUGCAGAAAUUGUUGCUUCUUAUUUUGUUUUACUUCUUAUUCGUGGAGCCGUAAUUGCCGUCGGAAUUGAAUUAAUUUGUAGUUCAUGCUCGUCAACUAGGAUAGCGUUUGAUUCUAAUUUGCCACUUUGUGUUCUAAUUCCUAGUUAGGGUUAGGGUUAGGGAUUUGUUUCUUGGGUUUUUGUUUGCACAUGGUUGUGACAUUAUUCUACUUGAUUGUGUGAUAGGUUGAUUAGGGGUGACACUCAGCAUGGAGGAGAAGGUCGAAAACUAUUUGUACUUGCAAUUUAAGGAUCAUCUUAGAAGGGUGAAUCUUAACAAGCUCGAGGAGCAAAAGGAAUCUCCUGAGUUUGAACUAGUGGCAGAUUUUCUGGAGGAGAAACUCCCCUAUGGAAUGUGUGUUUUUUUGCAAGAUUCGAAUAAAUUGUACAUGGUUGGAGGAGAAAGGAUUCGGAAGAAUGAAAGAGCUGGAAGGUAUUGGUGGCGAGGAUUUCUCGAUGCUGCAAACGAACCUGACUCCUCUGGCCUCAGUUGUGAUGUUUUUGUGUUAGAUUCCUCCAACGGAAAAAUCUCUGCUGCUCCUGGUUUUCCAAAACCAAAAGGACCAAAGAUCAAUGCCAGAGCUUUGGCCACCAUGGGUGACAAGGUAUACGUAAUGAGUUUUCGGCCAUAUUACUAUCACGGUACGCUUCCAUCUCCGGCCUUUGAGUGCUAUGAUUCUGCAAAACAGUCAUGGGAGGAGCUGCCUGUGCCUCCAAAUUACUAUUGUUCGUCUUCUGCUGCUACUACUUAUGGGUUUCAUUUUGUGCUGGGCACAAAGAUUUAUUUGUGCACUCCUCAUGGCUUCUUUUGUUACAACGUGGAUCAAUCCCCACCUAAAUGGGAAUUCAUAGAAGAUGCAGAAUGGCAGUUUGAUCAGCUCCCCUCAUAUAAUUCAGAAGAGGAAAUGGAAGACAACAAGAUUGAGGACUACUCACUGCCUCUGAUACCGGCUUUGCCCUACCGUUCUAUAUGUUUUGCAGAACCCGGAAAAGGGGGCCUCGCCGUUGGCUAUACUGCUCAAGGAUUAGUGGGUUACUUCUUUGCGCCUAAUGGCAGCCUACUGUAUCAAGAGCCACUCAAUCAGUUGAACAGCAACUCUAAGCUUCCCUCCCCCAAUAGCUAUUUCUUUGGUGGAAAAGUUUGCUAUGUAGGUGAAAACAAAUUCUGUCUCAUUCUAUCUGGAGAAAUUGAUCAAACUUCAUGGUCGUGGUCGUUAGCUGUAGCAACUUUUGAUGUGAAAUGUAAAGCUAAUGUUCACAAUGGUGAAGGAGGAGGGAAACACUUCUACCAUGAUCUUCCUCUGUGUUAUCAUCAGUUUGACAAUAUUAAUUCGUGUUUUUCUAAUGCUUGCAAAUAUGAGAACAGCGAGUCUCCGAGGCUUUAUGAUUACCUUAAUCUCCAGGAUGCCUUCGUCAUAUCCUCCGAGCCUAAGAGCCAGCGUCACCACAACCACAAGCGCAAGCGGAUUAUGAUGGGUGUAGGUUUUCAGUUGGUGUGAAUUGUCUUUGGUUGGGAGGGGUAAUGUUUGGUUUUGAGCUCCUCCUGGUUAUGGUCCUCUCCAGUUAAGCAUAUAUUAUGGGCUGAUAUAAAUUGUCUAUGAAUAUCACUACGUUUUGCCACCGCCCGCCGGUGAUUGAUUGACAUGGAGAAACAGAUUGUACAAGACUUUUGGUACUAGGCAUAGAACUGUGGAAUGCAUGCCAAGUCAACUUUUUGCUUUGGAUAUUCAUUUGUCCAAAACUUUGAUAUGUAAUACUCUUAAAUACUAACCAGGUUCUUAAAGCCCCAUCUUAAUCAUGCCAUUUAUUUUCUCUUUUGUCUUUUAA